CACUAGACAGCAGUCCUGCUGCAGUAGUAGACCAGCGCGGCUUUAUGCUGGCAAGAUAGCAGCACGUUGAGAUCAUUCGCAAGAACAAAGAAGAAAGAACUUUUAUUCGCUUACCGUAUACGCAUCGAAGUUACAGUUCUUAAAGUGUCUGGUCUUUUGGUGACUAUCAUAAAUCACAUUGUGUCAGCGCAAGUAAAUGCACUUAGACCAAGUGCAAGCCCUGAAGACAGCUGCAAAAAAGUCGUACUUAUUUGAAAUCGCUGUAACUUCAUUAUAUCAGUACCGCCGGCGAGUUUGUUCUCGGAGAUGGAUUGUGCGAAUACUUAGAGGCACGACGUCGGACGUCACUGCGAAUCCGGUUGUCUUGAGCGUACUAAGUAUAUAUAUAAGUGCUUAUACCAGUAAAAUUUCUUGUAAGGACAACGCGCUCUUCAGCUGCGGCUUUCGAGCUGUCAAUGCCCAGACUCAACCAGGACAGCAAAAAUAGUGAUGGCGACAACGGACGUCACGAUAAUCCGGGCGCACCUGCCGCCAGCAACAUCGUCCAGGAUGAAGAUUUGUUACAGAAGCCCGGACCAAGCAAUGCGUUCGAUAAGGCCAGAUCGAAGAAAAGCAAGGACAGCACACCAAAGUCCAGCAGUGAGCAGCUAGGGAAGAACGUCGAUCGUCGACAAGAGAUAAAAUAAGGGGGUGGUAAAAUAUUGUGGCGUCGAGCGUUUUCGGAAAUUUUUUUGAAAUUGCUGAUGCAGUAUAGACUUAACUUUGGUUGUCAAGCAAAUUAUGAAACAAAUAAAGGUAUGUUGUAGAUCAAAAUAGGCAUGCAAAGCGGAAAUUCGACAAAAUAGAUGUGUGCUGUACAGAAACAAACGUUAAUUUGGUGUCCCCAACAGUGCAAAACAAGGAGCCAAGAAGCAGCUGUAGCAAAACAUUUAUUGAUUUGACUUUAGAUUCAGAAAAUGAGGCUGUUGAGGAGAUACCAGCAAAAAAAAUUAAAAGAAUGAACUGCAAUGUUUUGAAAAAAUCAGAUAGCGGUGCAUGUCAGAAUACAAACUCUUUGAAAAGUGAAGAAAAGUCUAAAUUGGACCACAUCAACUUAUCAUCGAAUUCCAAUAAAAAAGUAAAUGAUAAGCCAUCUUCUUCAUUGAUUACUAAUGAAAGUCACCCAAAGGCUAAAAGAAAAGAAGAAUGUAAACAUAAAUAUAUUAGUGAGAGAAGAAUUCUUAAAAGAAUUAAAAAAAUCAUAGAUUUUGAUGAUGAUUCAGAUACUGCAUCUGGUCCUGAUAUAAAAAAAGACCUGCAAGAUGAAUAUAUUAAUGAUAAAAGAACUCUAGAAAGAAUUAAAAAAGUCAUAGAUUUUGUUGAUGAUUCAGAUACUACAUCUGGUGCUGAUAUGAAAAAAAAAUUGAAACAUAAGUAUAUUAGUGAAAAAAGAAUUCUUAAAAGAAUUAAAAAGGUAAUAGAUUUUGAAGAGGAUUUGGAUGAUGAUCGAAUUAAUGCAAAUAUUACUGCUACAGAAAAAUUAGCGCAAAUUAAAGAUAGCGAGAUCGUCAAUGAGGAAAUGGUAUUUGAUAUUGCAAAAAUAAAAAACCAUUCUGAAAAAACAAUAGAACUGCAUAUUGGGCAUCAAGAAUGUCAGGAUCAGAGCUCAGAUGCUGAACUUUGUGACAUGGUCAUUAAUAUUGGGCAUUGUGCAGACAAUUUAAGUUGUGCCCUGCAACCGAUUACAGCAAAUAAUCAUUCUCCAUGCAACAAAAUUCCAGAAAAUAAUCAUAAAUUAGUGCAAAUUAAAGAUAGCGAGAUCGUCAAUGAGGAAAUGGUAUUUGAUAUUGCAAAAAUAAAAAACCAUUCUGAAAAAACAAUAGAACUGCAUAUUGGGCAUCAAGAAUGUCAGGAUCAGAGCUCAGAUGCUGAAUUUUGUGACAUGGUCAUUAAUGUUGGGCAUUGUGCAAACAAUUUAAGUUGUGCCCUGCAACCGAUUACAGAAAAUAAUCAUUCUCCAUGCAAGAAAAGUCCAGAAAAAAAUCUAAAUUGUAUGCCUUUAAAAGGAGUGUCGGACAAAUGCAAUAUAACAGAUGCUAUUUCUAAUAUUAAAAACACUGAAGCUAAGCAUAAAAUAAAUAUUAGAAAAGAGGAAAGUUCUAUUGUCCUGAUUUCAUCUGAAAAUUUGAGUGAUAUGGAUAUGGAUGUUCUCGAUAUUUCCGACGAUUCAAAUAAUUCUCUUAUUACAGAUAAAAAUCAAUUUAAAGAGAAAAACAAUUCUCUACCAAAAAAUGGUUUCAGUAAUUUUUUAAACUCAGAGACUGUUUUAGAUAAUAACAAUGAUCUUUGCCAGUUAAAAGAAAAUAUUUCAGUGCCAUCAAACGACUUACUAGAUAUCGGUAUUAAGAACAAUGUAGACAAUAUAAAUGUUUCGAAAUCUAUUUCUAUUAAAAAACAAGUUGAAAACAAAACUAGAUCUCCUGUUUCACAAAGUCAUUGUAGCAAUGAUGGUAGCUCAAGUAAGGCUCACACCUGUUAUAAUGCCUUAAAAAAACAGUUAAACGGUCCAUUGUCGAAAAGUAACUCUAACAAUAAUAUUUUAACGGAUACAAUUUCGAAAAACAAAAAUACUAAAGAAAAAAGUAAUACACACUCAAUGCAAAACAUUGAGCCACCAAUAAUGCAAAAUUGUAAUGUAGUUGCAUCAAAUAUUAAACAAAAGAAUACUGAUUCGAAAAUCAUAUCUCCGCAAGUCGAACGUCUAUCAAUACUUCCGACGACUACGAAUUCGUACGGCCAAAAAAUAUUUCGGUUUUUCUGGUUGGACGCUUACGAAGAUUCGUACACAGAUCCUGGUGUUGUUUUCCUUUUUGGAAAGAUUUUAGAACCGACAGCAAACCAAUAUAUUUCUUCGUGCGUCACUGUUAAAAAUAUACCCCGAAGAAUGUAUGUGUUACCUAGAAAAGAUGAAGCCGGAGAACAAAGUGCGUUUGAUAAAGCGUACGUAGAGCUAAAUGAAUACUUGCGCCAAAAGUGUAUUAAUGAAUUUAAAUGCAAAAAAGUUACAAAAAUCUAUGCUUUUGAGAAAAAAGACGUGCCGCAAAACACUGCUUAUCUUGAAGUGAGAUACUCAUCGGUGUAUCCAGCUUUGGACAGUGAUUAUUCUGGACCUGCGAUACAGGCAAUUUUCGGCACUAAUGUUACUGCAAUGGAACUAUUUUUGAUUGAAAAAAAUAUCAAAGGUCCUUGUUGGAUGGAUGUCAAAAUUUCACCAUUUGCUAGUUCUAACUUGAGUAGUUGGUGUAAAUUUGAGAUUAAUUGUACCAGAAUGGAAGAUAUAUCUGUCACUAAUCACCAACAAACAGACCCUAGUAUCACACCAAUUGCAGUUGCAGCAUUAAGUAUUCAAGUAUCCUUAGAUGAAAAGCUACAGAAAUAUGAUAUAGCAAGUAUUGGCAUUGCAAUUCAAGAGCAUUUCCAUUUGUAUAAAGGCUCUCCUCAACCGCUUUUUAAUCGUAGUUAUUGCCUUGUUUCACAAUGUAGCCCUUGGCCAAAGUUUGCGAAACGAAAGUUUGCGAAAUGGAAAGAUUUUCAAGUUAUACUGUGCGAAAGUGAAAUUAAUUUGCUUGAACGAUUACUUCAACUUUUGCAAUCUUUGGAUCCAGAUAUCUUGAUUGGUUACGAUACCAAUUUCGAGUUUGACAUUUUAGUGCGGAAGAUCAUGUCACUGGGUACAACAGAUUGGAGCCGAAUCGGAAAACUUAGACGUUCCGUUCCACCAAAGUUCAAGGGGAGAAUUUAUUUAAAUCAAGUUCUCUGUGGUCGACCGAUCUGUGAUGUACAAAGGUCGAUGAGUGACUUUCAAUUCAGCGUGACAAAUUACGACCUAGCUUCGCUCUACUCAUCUACCUUGAGUAAAGACGCUGGAGCUUACACGGAAAUCAAGCCCGAUGAAUGUUUGCAGUAUUAUACUUCUCUAUAUAAUAUGACGCUUCUAGUGAAAUCUACUAUGACCAAAGUCUCUUAUAUCUUUGAGGUCUCAGCUGAACUGAGCAUUUUGUCUUUGGCUGUGCAAAUAACGAGAAUAGUCGGCAACACCUUAUCCCGGACUUUAUCGUGUGGUGUGGGAGAAAGAAACGAAUUUCUUCUAUUGCACGCUUUUCAAUCCAAAAAUUAUCUGACCCCCGACAAAAGAAAGGAUAAUAGUGACUACGACGGUAAAAAGAAGUCUUCGUACACCGGCGGAAUGAUAUUAGAACCGAAAGCAGGAUUUUAUGAUACGUCGGUCUUGCUGCUUGAUUUUAAUUCGCUUUACCCAAGCAUAAUUCAAGAAUUUAAUAUUUGUUUUACAACUAUUCCCGGCGCCGCGCAUGCGAGUGUCGACGAGCUGUGCCGCGUGGAAUCUUGUGCUGAACAAGGUAUCUUGCCAACUAUAAUAAGUGGAUUGGUACAGAGUCGGCUCCAGAUAAAGAAAAUGAUAAACUCGCCGAACUUGUCAUCUGAUUUGCGCCGACAGUAUAACAGCCGGCAACUGGCUCUAAAGCUGACAGCCAAUUCGAUGUACGGCUGCCUCGGCGCAUCUUACAGUCGAUUUUACGCCAAGGGACUGGCUGCUCUCGUUGCGAUGCGCGGGCGCGAAAUCUUCAAAAAAACUCAAGACCUUAUUCAAUCUCAUAACUACGAGGUCAUCUAUGGGGACACGGACUCAUUCAUGAUAAACGUUAAGCUCACCGAUUACGAGCAGGUCAUGGCUGUAGGUAGGAUGCUUAAAAAAGAAGUUAAUAAGCUUUUCAAGAAAAUCAAAAUCGAUAUAGAUCGAGUUUUUAAAUGCCUGCUGUUGAUGAAGAAGAAGCAGUACGCGGGAUUGAUAAUAACGAGGCAAUCCAACGACGAGCUUGAGUACAAAAAAGAAAUAAAAGGAUUGGAGAUUAUCAGGAGAGACUGCUGCGCCUUGGCAUCGGACACUGGACACAAAGUCCUAGAGGAACUUCUAAAAGAUCAACCAUCCCACAUACGUUCAAAAAAUAUUUUCGAAAUCUUGGAGACAACAAACAGGGAACUUCGCGAGGGCAAGCUACCAAUGUCUUCUCUAGAAAUAACCAAAAAGCUCUCUAAAGAUCCAGAUAAGUAUCCAAACAAGAAUCACCCGCACGUGAUUGUAGCUGAAAGGCUAAAUAAAAUCAAUGCUCGAAAGUGGAAAGCAGGAGAUGUGGUAUCCUAUAUUAUCUGCAAAGACAAUACCACAAGAAAACCACUGGAGAGAGCCUAUCACAUUGAAGAGUUCAAAACUAAUGAACAGAUUAAAAUCGAUGAAACUUAUUACUUGAUGUAUCACAUAUUUCCUAUUAUACACAAAAUUUGCGACCCAAUAGAAGGAAUCGAGAAUGUGUUGAUUGCACAAAGUUUAGGUAUAGCAGAUCUUUAUAAACCAAAAAAAAUCAGUGAUCAUCGAGAUGCAAAAAUGCCUUUAUCAUUACAUGAUAAUCGCAAUAAAAAUUGUGUGCCUUUACAAUUUAAAUGUAGAGACUGCAAAACUAAAAAUAAAAUAAAAACGUCUGUUAUCCAUACGAAGAGUGGAUGUCAACCGUCGCUGGCGACGUGUACAAAUUCCAAAUGUAAUACUCCGCCAUGGAAAUAUCCACAUUUUAUUCAAAAUCAACUACAAUUGGCGAUAAGGGAAUGUGUAAACAAAUAUUACACAGGAGCAAUUGAAUGCAGCAAUCCAUUGUGUUGCAAUAGCACAAGAAUUAUUCACUUGAAUUCUGACGAUGGCUUAAUAAAAUGUUAUGAUUGUUUCGAUGGUCGACGUUACAGAAAAUAUUCCGAAAUAGAUUUACAUAAUCAGCUAACGUUUUUUGUCGAUAUUUUUACGUUGGAUGAAGCUGCGUGUCAGGGUUUGGAUGUAUUCACUGCUCAAGAAGUAAAAGAGUUUUACACUGGCUUGAGAGAAUUCAUGUUAGACCAAAUAGAUUCCAAUGCUUACUCAAUUGUAGAUUUAAGCAGAUUAUUUACUCCAAAUUCAGAGCCAAAUAAGGACGAUGACUUGGAGAGCGAGUUAAUAUAAUGCCAUAUUGCUGAAAUAAUAAAUUAAUUUUUUUAAGGUACUUCAUUUUAACCUUUGAAAAAUUGAGAGUACUGUGUACAGUAAAGUAUUUUUUAUAUUGUCAGUAUUAUUAGGUAUACAAAAGUGUGCAUAAAUAUUUUAAAUACUUUAUCAUAGUUAAAGUGAAAAUAAAAAUGUUUAUUUCAAUCCCAA